ACACCAUCAGUACCACCAUCUACUUCUACACCAACAGGACCACCAUCUACUACUACACCAUCAGCACCACCUAAAACAUCAGUACCACCAUCCACUACUACAACAUCAGUACCACCAUCUACUACUACACCAUCAGUACCACCAUCUACUACUACACCAUCAGUACCACCAUCUACUACUACAACAUCAGUACCACCAUCUACUACUACAACAUCAGUACCACCAUCCACUACUACACCAUCAGUACCACCAUCUACUACAACACCAACAGGACCAACGUCUACUACUACACCAUCAGUACCAACAUCUACUACUACACCAUCAGUACCACCAUCUACAACUACACCAUCAAUACCACCAUCUACUACUACAACACCAACAGGACCAACGUCUGCUACUACACCAUCAGUACCAAUUUCUGCUACUACACCAACAGUACCUCCAUCUACUACUACACCAUCAGUACCGCAAUCUACUACUACACCAUUAAUACUACCAUCUACUACUACACCAUCAUACCAACUACCACCAUCUGCUACAACAGCAACAGGACCAACGUCUGCUACUAUAACAUCAGUACCACCAUCUACUACUACACCAUCAAUACCACCAUCUACUUCUACGCAAUCAGUACCACAAUCUGCUACAACACCAACAGAACCAACGUCUGCUACUACACCAUCAGGACCACUAUCUGCUACUACACCGUCAGGACCACCAUCUGUAACUACACAAUCGGGACCACCAUCUACUACUACACCGUCAGGACCAUCUGAUAAAUCAGAGGAAUCAGAAGAAUCAGCAGAAUCGGAAAAAUCAGAGGAAUCAAAAGAAUCGGAAGAAUCAGAAGACUCAGAAUUAUCAGAAGAAUCGGAAAUAUCAGAAGAAUCGGAAGCAUCAAAAAAUUCAGAAGAAUCAGAAAAAUCGAAAGAAUCGGAAGAAUCGAAAAAAUCAAAUAUAUCAGAAGAAUCGGAAGAAUCGGAAGGAUCAGAAGAAUCGGACGAAUCGAAGAAAUCAGAAGAAUCAGAAAAAUCAGAAGAAUAGAAAAAAUAAAAAGAAUGAAAAAUCGGAAGAAUCAGAAGAAUCAGAAAAAUCAGAAGGAUCGAAAAA